GUUCCGAAAUCUGCCAUCAGUGUUACCGAUCCAAUCAUCGAAGUCCGUUGGCCCACUUCGUUCAUAGUUGUGCUUGUGUGCUGCCUCGGAUUUGCGACGUAGAAUGGUAUUCCGUUCCCAAUACUGGCAGUAGUUUCAAUUCACAAUUAAAGUAUUUUCAUAAAUCUUCUUCUUAUAUUUUUUGUGAUUGGCCGAAGUGAUAAUUCAUAAUACAGAAAUGAGUGAUGACGGGGAAACUCUUCCUGCUGGUUGGGAGAAGCGGACCAGCCGCUCUACUGGUCAGUCAUAUUAUCUGAACCAGUUUACAAAAGAAAGCCAAUGGGAUGUUCCAACUGAGCCUGCCAAAGCAGCUUCAAACAAUAAGGGAGGUCCAGAAAAGGUCCAGUGUUCUCACCUCCUGGUAAAGCAUGCUGGGUCUCGUCGACCAUCGUCUUGGAAAUCUGAGGAGAUUACUCGCUCCAAAGAAGAAGCAAUUAAAAUGGUUCAAGAGUUCCGUGACCAAAUCUCUAGUGGCAAGGCUUCUUUUGCCGAGCUUGCCUCUACAGAAAGUGACUGCAGUUCAGCUAAGCGUGGUGGAGACUUGGGACUCUUUGGUCGUAAUGCCAUGCAGAAGCCCUUUGAAGAAGCAGCAUUCGCCCUCAAAGUGGGGGAGCUCAGUAACAUUGUUGAAACUGACUCAGGCGUUCACAUCAUCAUGAGAACGGCUUAGUGCGAUUACUUUUUCUGCUAUUCCUGAGUGGCCCGUCUGGAAUUUGGAAGCUAGACGUUUAACUUUAAUGAAUGUUAAAUGUUACCAGAGUAGAUUAUCAACGUCG